AUGACAAAGAAGAAGCCCAAGACAUCUGCACAGUCCACCGACAAUACUCCAGACGCUCCAAUUGUCGCCAGCCAACAAACUCCUCCUUCGACCACUACUACUGCACCGCCAGCGCAAGAGUCGGCUAGACCAGUACCUCCGCAGGAACUGAAACUGUCACCAUCUCUAGUGAUAUCUCGCAAUAAGCAUUGGCGACAUAUCUCCUCCUACCAUGGACCAUGGUUGAACUUCUCACCCGACCUUCUCGAGAACUUAGCCUGCAGCAACUUUUACUCUCCUCGUCCUAGACCCGUCGACCCAGCCGUCUUCUUCGACCUCGUCAAGAUCAGAAGAUUGAUUGAAGAUGCUACAAGCCUUGCAGUGAGGGCUGCCAAUGGAACCACCUCGGCCUCCCUCCACACGUCUUUAAACGCGACCAAUGGACUGUUCAGCGGUAUAGACGCAGAGAUUCUGGGCAUAGGGUCGGCAAGAGGUGGAGGAAACGCAAAAUUGAGUCGUGAACGAAAGUAUCGAAUGAGGGAGCAUGCUACCCAAAAGUUGUCCCAUGCAUACCAUCUCGAUGAGAUUGCUGCAAGUGUUGCCACCAUGCAGUCCGCCUCCGCCCUAGAAGAGGUGGCAAAUUACGUCUUGCAGCGAAACGAUCAAGAUCCAGAUGCACAAUACGUGCACUUUUUCCUCGAGAAGAUUCCUUCGAUGUCACUUGCUCAAUGUACCAGCCUGGAUGCUUUGACCCAUGUCAUUCGUUCAAAGCCCACUGAAGCUUCUCCAUACAGAACAAGAGCCGUCACUCGUUGCUUCAAGGAAGAUUGGGAAGGUGCAAUACGAGAUUGUACAGACGGGCUGACAGUGCUCCGAUUAUACCACUCACAGCGUCAGAACCAGCAGCGCGAGUUGGUAGGAAAGGACAGAGGUGGCCGAGAACAUCGUGCUGACAACCGCGUGGACGAGAAAGAUCAGCCCAGCAGCCUGGAACCACAAUUACUCUUUCAUCGUGCUACAGCAUAUCUGAUGCUUGCUUGUGAGGCGAUUGAACGAGCACUGGAUGGUAUGCCCCAAGGCAGUGCCAACCCCAAAGACGCCAACGGUCAUGGCGAACCGGAGGAGGGUCUUCCAGUCGAUACCGAUCGAGGAGAUGCCAAGUAUCGUGCCGAGCAACGAAAACUGGUACGAACAUAUGCCAAACGAGCACUUCGCGAUUAUCUCUCGUUUCUGUCAAAUUUGGACUACACUCCUGGUUUGCCGGCGGAGUAUACGGAUGUAUACUUGGAAAGACUAAGCCAAAGUCCCUUUGGACGGUCUCGAGGCGAUCAACUCCUCGCUCUAGAUGCUCAAAUGCGCACUGGACUUACAGAAGUACUGGCCAAAUAUGAACGUGAGAGGAAUCAACAAAAGGGUCAGGAUCAUUCGUUACCUCAAAUUCCGAAUCCCGUGGUAUAUAGGAUGAGCGACCUGUUUGCAGCCGCUCCUCCUGCUGAUCUACCACCUUAUCCUCCAGCUAUCGGCGAAGACCGAGAAGGUCCCAUUUUCUCACUGGCAUCCAUAUCCGAAGCAGUCACUUACCAUCCUCUUUUGACAGAUACGCUUCAUUCGCUGCUCAUCUGUCACUGUCUUAUACAAACAUCGCCCAAGGAGCAUCUACGGCAUGCGUACAUGGCCGCACGUAUCAACCGUUUGUGUGACGGGUAUCCCGUUUUCCUCGCAGCGAGAUCUCCUGCACGCGCUGAUUGGAUUGAGAUCACUCGACUGGCAAACAAUUGGCUUGGAUUGUCUUACACUUGGGAGAGCUUAGCUACUCCCGAUCCUGUUCCAUCGAACAGAUCCAAGUCUGACCCUAGGCCACCUAAAGAAUUUGCGAUGAAAGAAGGGUUAGUCAGAGCAGCCAUGAUAACUGAACCAUUGACAUGCACAGAUGAAGGAGCAGAAAAGAUGCGCCAUUCUAAAUUGCCAGACAAUAACACCAUGGCACGAAAUGGCAGUGAUGGGAAUACAUCUGCACAUUCAACCAAGCGAUGGCAGUUGAAUGAUGGAAGAGAGUACCCCAUUACAACGGAAAGAGCAGAGGCCAUUGUCAGAUGGAUCCUGGAAGCCCCUCCGCCUAAUGCGUCUGAUGGGAGUGGCCGACCAAAGAAGAAAUCCGGGACGAGAAAGACAGCCAACACCUCUUCGAGCUUGAGAGAGCCAGAGCUGGAGCAGAGCGUUGAUAGUCUUGAUCUUGUGGAUUGA